AGUAUUCAAGAUGGCGUCUAUCAGAAACAUGCGAGUUAGCGGAGUGUUAGCUUAGCAUGUUAGCAACACAGCGCUAGUCAGAGGGACGGUGUGACGGAGGGUGUGUGGAGAACAAGUUGGUGUCGUUGUGUGAACAUGUGUAAAGUCCAAAUGCUGAGAGCGUUGGUGAAGCAGCGACUAACUGCGGCUGCGCAAGAGAUAUUUGGUCUGUUUGAAAGAACGAUAGCAGAGUACGAGGAGGAACUUUGUGCUUCUAAAGAGGAGAACGAGCGACAACGAGAACUACUGGACGCUGUGUUCAACCCUCAGCUGCGGCUACACAGAGCAGAUGCACAACAAGUGAUUGGUGGAGAAGAAGAGCAGCAGGACUGGAGCUCCAGUCUGAACCAGGAGGACCCAGAGCCCCCACACAUUAAAGAGGAACAGGAGGACCUAGAGCCCCCACACAAUAAAGGGGACCAGGAGGACCCAGAGCCCCCACACAUUAAAGGGGACCAGGAGGACCUAGAGCCCCCACACAUUAAAGGGGACCAGGAGGACCUAGAGCUCCCACACAUUAAAGAGGACCAGGAGGACCCAGAGCCCCCACACAUUAAAGAGGAACAGGAGGAACUCUGGACCAGUCAGGAGGGAGAGCAGCUUCAAGGUCUGGAGGAGGCUGGUAUCAAGUUCUCAUUCACUACUGUGAAGAGUGAAGAUGAUGAAGAGGAAGCUCAGUCCUCUCAUCUUCAUCAAAGACAAACUGAACACAUGGAAACAGAAGCUGAUGGAGAGGACUGUGGAGGACCAGAACCAGACAGGAACCCAGAUCCAGGGGACUCUUCAGAGACUGAAGUCAGUGAUGACUGGAAGGAGACCAGUGAACCACCGUCAGGUUUAAACUCUCUGAAUAAUUACUUUUCUAGUGAGAAACCGUUUCGCUGCUCUGUGUGUAGGAAAGGAUUUGGCCUAAAGGGAACUCUGAAGGAACACAUGAGAUUUCACACAGGAGAGAAACCAUUCAGCUGCUCAGUCUGUAAGAAAUCUUUUGCCUGGAGAGGAAGUUUACAUAAACACACAAGAAUCCACACACGAGAGAAAAGGUUCAGCUGCUCUGUUUGCCAAAGUAGAUUCACCUGGUUCCAUCAGCUCAAAACACAUAAAUGUGUUGGUCAUCAGUCCUCACAGCUUAUUCACACUCAGACUGAGGAGAAACAAGAGGCCAGCAGCUCAACUGAACACAUGGAAACAGAAGGUGAUGGAGAGGACUAUGGAGGACCAGAACCAGACAGGAACUCAGAUUCAGAUAGACAUUUAGAACCUGAGACUGAUAACAGUGAUGAUUGGAAGGAGGCCAGAGAACCUCAGGCAGGUUUAAACUCUUUGAAUAAUGAUGAAGUUUCUCUAGAGAAACCAUUUAGCUGCUCUGAAUGUGAGAAAGCUUUCAAUGAUCGUGGAAAUCUGAGGAACCACAUGAGAAUCCACACAGGCGAGAAACCAUUCAGCUGCUCCGAGUGUGAGAAGAGUUUUCGCUUCAAGGGAGACCUGAAGAGACACUUGAGAACUCAUUCAGGAGAGAAACCGUUCAGCUGCUCUACAUGUGGGAAAAAGUUUGGCAACAGUGGACAUCUGAAUAGACACAUGAGGAUUCACACAGGAGAGAAACCAUUCAGCUGCUCUGUGUGCGAGAAACGGUUUACACAAAGAGGAACUUUACGGCUGCACAUGAAACUUCACACAGGGGAGAAACCCUUCAGCUGCUCUUUAUGAAGACAGAUUUGAAUGUCUUUGACAGGUCUGAAGACAUACGCAGGUAUACAGGUACAGCGGGUCGUCCACUGAUAGAUCGAUGGUUCGAUCCCUGACUGCGCCAGCCCGAAGGCUGUGCCAUCAAUGUGUGAAUGAUGAACUGUAGUGAGAACUGUUCUGAUGAUGAGAAGAUCUUUACACAUGACGGUUUGUCUGAGCACAGUUGAUUAUUAUUAUUUAUUAAUACUAUAUUUCUGCUUAUUCAGUGGUGAAAGUUCUUGUGCGGAUUCUUCCAUCUUUGGAGUUCCAGAGUGGAGUCAGUGAUCAGCGCUCUCUUCCUUCAGACUCGUCCAUGUAGCUGCAUGGAGUGACGUUUCACCUUUCAAAGAGCGUCCUGCUCUCUUUGAGGUGCUCUUCACUUACUUCUCCAGAUUUUCGGGCUGCUGGGCGUUCCUGAGUAGUAACCUGCAGUGUUGCUGCAUAUAGCCGGUAGAACUGUGUAGUAAUACAGUGAUAUAGUAAUAAGUAUAGCGUGUAUAUAAAGUAAACUGUUGGUGUCAUUUGUUUUAGGUCUCUUCACCACGAUUCAUGAUUACAUCUCGUUGACUGGUUUUACUUCUGGUUUUUGAAAAUAAAUUGCUUCUCUCAGCAACUCGUCAUAUCACAAAGACCAAAGAC